AUGUUCAUGCUAUCUACCCGCCGAGGAGAGGCGAAGUCAGGAGAGACUGCGUUUCGAGCGCGACGAGUUGGCGGAUUAGCGCUCGUACUUAGCACCCGGACAUGGUUGUUGACAAGUCUGAUCGCAGAGUCCUUUACCCAACUGCAACGUGUCCUCAUCCCUCCCGACUUUACUCACUGGCGCCAACACUUUGUGCUGCUCCGAAACGAUCUCAUAGUCAAAGAGCUUUUCGAAGCCAAUGUGCACGACCUAUUUUCACGACCUCGUGUCAAAAUCUACCACGAUCAGGCACUGGCUCAAAUGCACAACGAGACCUUCCUGGCACCUUUCACGGCGGCUAAUUUCGUCUAUCUUGAAGAGGCGCUGGGCGUAGCGUUCAAGAUAGCCGUUCCGAGGAACUCGGAAUUGUUGGAUCAUGAGGGGUAG